UAUUAGAUGCGUAUAAAUUAUUAUAGAAUGUAUAUACUUUAAUUAAUAAUAAAAAUUGUAUAGACUUCAGAUUUAUUGUAUGACAUAGACAUCAUACGCAUGCGCAGUAACGGUUACGAUAGUUGCGAAAUGUUUCCACCGUCUAUGCAUCGAUCGCCGCUACGAGUGAAUGUAUUCGGUGUAAGAAACUAGAUAAUGCACGUCGUUAGAUGUUGAUAUCGAAGUUCAGAAUAUUUUUGACAAUAGGGUUGCUCUACUUUCAGUGAUUUGUAAUAUUUCACGUAUUUUCACGAGCUUUAAAUAGUUCGUAGAUUGUAUACUAUUCGUAAACUGUAAAUUAUUAUAAUUUAUAAUUUAAAACAUCUUAACAAAAUAACCUCAUAAUAAUGUUACAGCAUCAUACGUCAUAUUUAUUCAAACUAUACUAUAUCGUUAACAAUAAAUACUUUAUAAUGUGCUCCAGUAAAUGACACAAUUAUUCACAAAUACAACUUAAUGCCACAACAGAUUAAAAAGUUUCUUCAAACUGCACAGAAGCAUCGCUGUCAUGCGUAGUUUCUUGUUUCGCGUAUCGGAUACCAGAAAAUAGAAACGUCAAAUGUCAGUCUCACUUGUUUACCGCGGUGGAUAGUUGUGCACUUGACGUUUAUUUUCUACAAUGAUGAAAGAGGAACAGGACGAUGAAUAUAUUGAUAGCAGCGAUAAUGAAUCGUUGGAGCGUAUAAACCAAGAAAUGAGCACAGAAAGAUUUAUAGCAGCUGUGAAAAGUCAACCAGCGCUGUGGGACGCCAGAGCUGCAGGUUACAACAGCCGCUUCCAAAAGAUAAAGUCUUGGGAAAGAGUGUGUUAUAAAGUAAUUCCUAAUUUUACACGAUUAAAUACGAGUGAAAAGAAUGAAACAGUUACAAAACUUCAAAGACGGUGGAAAAGUCUAAGGGUAUGCUACAUCAGAGAAUUAAGACAAAAAAUGGACGAGAAAAACAGUAAUGGCGUAUUUCCGACACGUAAAGAAUAUCGCUAUUACUCCCAGUUAUCGUUUUUAAGAAACUCAUGCCAGCCGAAGGAAAGCGCGUUACUUACAGUAAAACCUACUCAUAUGUUGCAAAAGAAACCACCAGAAACAAACGUACCGAAACACGAAGACACCAGAAGUCAGAAGUCAAUGGAUGAUGCGAAAGAAUGUACAAAUGACCAUGAUCUCAAUUUUUUACACUCGUUGUUACCGCAUUUUAGAAAAGUUCCUGAGGAGCGCAAGUUGGACCUUCAGUCAGAGAUAUUAGUGACGCUGAAGAAGUAUGUCAGUUGGCAGAAGAACACAACGAAUGCCAAUGAGAACUGCGAGCCGUAUGGACAUUUCCUAGAUAUAGCCUGUGGUUCUGGCGAGACGGAUUCAGAAGGAAAUGUUACUUUAGAACUGACUUAGUAUUAGAUUUAUAGUGUUGACGUAUUUUUAUUAAAAAAAACUCAAUAAAAUAUCA